GAUGGUUGUCACUUUAAUUAUUCACAGUAUAGAGAGUCGCGUAAGAGACAAAUUAAUUGUGUAAAAUUAGGGUAAUUGGUGAAGAUGAAUAGAAUUUCUCUGCGCUCUGGUAUUCCCUUUAUCUCUUUCUUUUCUGAUUCUUCAAUUACACUCACAAGUUACAGUAAUAAAUCCAUUUCAGUAAAGGGGAAUUUUGAGUGUUUAGAUGAUGCUGUUAGUGUCUUCCAUCAAAUGGUUACAAUGAAGCAUUAUUCUGCUGCCGUUUCUCUUUUUCGAGAAAUGUGGAAAUUGGGUAUCCCAAUUAAUGGAGUCAUCUUGAAUAUCGUGGUUAACAGCUAUUGCCUGAUGCAUCGUGUUGAUUGUGGGUUUUCGGUGUUACCCAUUUACUUGAAGAAUGGCAUUCCGUUUAAUACCAUCACCUUUAACACCCUAUUAAGAGGAAUCUUUGCUGAAAAUAAGAUCAAAGAUGCUGUUGAAUUGUUCAAAAAAUUGGUGAGAGAGAAUAUUUGUGAACCUGAUGAAGUUACAUAUGGAACCGUAAUGAAUGGGCUCUGCAAAAGGGGGCAUACUCAGAAAACUUUAAGUUUACUGCAGUUAAUGGAACAGGGGAACACUAAGCCCAACAUAUUUAACUACAACAUCAUCAUAGAUGCCCUUUGCAGAGAUGGGAACUCAGAUGCUGCUAUCAACAUCAUGAACGAGAUGAAGCAGAAAGGUCUGCUUGAAGUUGGAAGAAUUGGCGAUGCAGAAAAUAUUUAUGCCGAGAUGCUAUCUACGGGCCCCACACCUGAUAAAUACACACAUAGCACUUUGCUCAAUGGUUAUUUUAAGUAUGGACUUGUUGAAGAAGCUAUGUCGUUCUUCAAUAAGUUGGAAAGAGAGAUAGAAUAUACUAGCAUUGAAGUUUACAAUGUUGUCAUUGAUGGAUUGUGCAAAAAUGGUAAACUUGACAAAGCUCGUGUGAUUUUUGAGAAGCUUUCUUUAAUUGGAAUGCUUCCGAAUGUGAGAACAUACACUAUAAUGAUAAAUGGAUUUAGUUUUGAAGGGUUUUUGGAUGAAGCUAAAGAUAUGCUUAGAAAAAUGGAGGACAACGGUUGUACGCCAAACAAUGUUACAUACAAUGUUUUUUGUGCGAGGAUAUCUAAGGUGCAGCAAAAUUAAUGAAAUGGCAACUUUUAUGAAGGAAAUGGUUAGAAAGGGUUUCACAUGUGAUGCAAAUACAACUGAGUUACUGGUAGACAUUAUAAAGGAGAAUCCUUCUGUCCUUGACAUGAUACCUGAGUUUCCGUCUGAAUAUAAGAAGUGAAUAUUUCUUUCUCUUGCUUUAUUUGGCUUUACUUUCACAAUGCGAAGUGGCAUCCAUGCAAUUACGGAAGCUAAAAAAAUGGCAAUUAGAACAUCGCUUGAGCUUUCCUGGCAGGCUUAAGGCUUACUGAGGAGGAUGGUUUGUUUCCUCUUUCCUCAAAUUUAUUUGCCAACGAUGAUAAGGAAUAAGUAUCAGGGAUUAAUAUCGAGAUUUCCUCAAUCCCCUCGAGUGUUUUGCUACUAUCUCCAAAUAACUUUGACGAAAUUGUGCUAGAUGAGACAGGAUAUCUUGGUUGAAUUCUAUGCUCCAUGAUACUUUAAAUUUUUUCACAGCAAGUCAUUCACUUGAUUCUGGAAUUGAUCAGGGGUUUAUCGAUUCGCAAGUACAAAAGCACUAACAAGGAUGAUAUCUGCAAACAGCAGAAAUCCUGUGAGAAUGGAAUCAGAUAUCCACCAGACUUUGGUGAUUCGGACUGUAAUGCAGCUAGCUGCUGCAGGAUAUAUCUGCUGCCUAAUGCCUUAUAUGAAACUACAUCAGCUCAGUCGUAUACCUUGUCUUUACAUUCUUAAGAUUGAAUCUGUAUCUCAUUCUUAGGAUAUCGUUCAAUGAGUUCCUAAAUUACUGGCUGAUUCCUGCUAGUUAAUACUUACAUCCAUUUAUUUGCUUUAUAAGGAAGUGACUCCAAUUCAACUCUUUAAGAGGAUGAGCUAUUACUGGUUCAGUGGUCAAUUCAGCAGUUGAAGCUUGGCUAUUUUGUAUAUAUUGUCCCCUUUCCGUGAGUAUUUAUACUCCUUUCCCAAUCUCGUCUCUGUAGAAAUUGGGCAUCCCAAUUAAUGGAGUCAUCCAAAAUAGCGUGAUUAAUGGUUAUUGCCUAAUGCACCGUGCUGAUUGUGGGCUUUCGCUGUUACCCAUUUACUUGAAGAAUGGCAUUUCAUUUGAUGUUGUCACCUUUACUACACUAAUAAGGGGAAUCUUUGCUGAAAAUAAGGUCAAAGAUGCUGUUGAAUUGUUCAAAAAGGUGGUGAGAGAGAAGAUUUGUGAACCCAACCAAGUCAUGCAUGCAACAGUAAUGAAUGGGCUCAGCAAAACGGGACAUACUCAGAAAACUUCAAGUUUGCUACGGUUAAUGGAACAAGGGAACACAAAGCCUGACAUAUGCAUCUACAAUAUUGUCGUUGAUGCCCUUUGCAGUGAUAGAAAUUUAGAUACUGCUAUCAAUCUUUUGAACGAGAUCAAGCAGAAAGGCAUUCCUCCUAACAUAGUCACCUAUAAUACACUGAUUGAUGGUUUGUGUAAGCUUGGUCAGUGGGAAAAGGUUAAGACUUUGUUCUCUGAGAUGGUCGUGAACCUUAAUAUUUAUCCAAAUGUGUGCACCUUCACCAUAGUGAUAGAUGGACUAUGUAAAGAAGGGAAAGUGGCAGAUGCCAAGGAAGUAGUGGGUCACAUGGUCAAAAAAGGUGUAGAGCCUGAUAUAAUCACCUACAAUGCGAUGAUGGAUUAUAUUGUUUGCGUGGUCAACUGGAUAGAGCAAGGAGAAUUUUUCAUUCCAUAAUAGUUAAGAACAUUGAGCCUAGCAUUAUUAGCUAUAACAUACUAAUAAAUGGAUAUUGUAAGAAAAAGAAAUUGGAUGAGGCAAUGCAAUUGUUUCGUGAAAUUUCUCAAAAGGGAUCAAUGUCUAAUAUUGUUACUACACUACUAUCUUGCAAGGUCUGUUUGAAGUUGGAAGAAUUGGCGAUGCGGAAAAAAUUUAUGCUGAGAUGCUAUCUACGGGCCCCAGACCUAAUAUAUACACUCAUAGCACUUUGCUCAAUGGUUAUUUUAAGUAUGGACUUGUUGAAGAAGCUAUGUCACUCUUUAAAAAGUUGGAAAGAAAGAGAGAAGAUACUAGUAUUGCAUUUUACAAUGUUGUCAUUAAUGGGUUGUGCAAAAAUGGUAAACUCAAAGAAGCUUAUGCUGUUUUUGAGAAUCUUUAUUUCAUUGGAUUGCUUCCGGAUGUGAGAACAUACAAUGUAAUGAUAAAUGGAUUUUGUCUCGAAGGGUUGUUUGAUGAAGCUAAAGAGAUUCUAAGAAAAAUGGAAGACAAUGGUUGCUUUCCAGACAGUGUCACUUACAAUGUUAUUGUGCAAGGAUUUCUCAGGAGCAACAAAAUUAGUGAAAUCGCAACUUUCAUGAAAGAAAUGGCCGAAAGGGGCUUCUUAUUUGAUGCAACUACAACUGAGUUAUUGGUAAACAUUAUAAGGAAGAAUCCUUCCGUCCUUGAUAUGAUACCAGAGCUUCACUCAGAAAAAAAACAGUGAAUAUUUCUUUCGCUUGGUUUGGUUUAUUCGCUUAUACUCUGCCAUUAUUAUACAAUUUCCUUUUCACCCCUACAAAGGAGACGACAUCCAAUACAAUUGCAGUAGCUGAAACAAUGUCAGUCACAGUGUUGCUUGACCUUUCCAGGCACUUACUGCAGAGUUAUCUUCAGGUACUAUCAUUUUGGGAAUCAUCCACUGCUUCACUGCUCCUUCACUAAACAGAUCUGGACAAUGUUUCAUGCUAUUUUUGGUGUCCAAUGGGUCAUGUGCCAGGAUGCAUUAAACUUGCACUAAGCAGCUGAUACGAGCAGCUUCACGAUGGGACAAUGAGCACUACAUAAUUGCUAUUCCUUCCUGCAUUUUUUGGUCUAUCUUGAGGGAGAGGAAUGGUAGAUGUCAAUGACAAGAGAAGCAAGAAUAAAAAGUUAUGUCAAUGCGAGAGGAUCACCUUGCCUUAGACCCGUCUGAGUAGGGCAAAACCCUUUUGGAGUACCAUUAAUAAUGAUAGAUGCUCAACACUAUUAAUAGAAUACUUUUAUCCAUUACAAUGCUUUGACUGUGUAAUCUGGGAAUUCUAAUUCAGUGUACUGACGUCUUUAGGAUAUGGAGCAAAAAAAUAUUCUGAUAUUUUCCAUAAUUCAUGGUGACGUCAAAGGGUUUCAAAAUGCUUUCUUUUGUGUAUAGGAGUUCAAGAAAUGUUUUUCACCGAUAAGAGUGAGCUCCUUUCUUUCUUGAUUACCCUCUAGAACUGUUUUAUUUGGUUUCUAUAUUUACCCAAGGAUGAUAGCUAGGAUUGAUUCUUGAAGAAUGAAAUGGUUCCUGAUAGAGUGAAAAUUGAUGCAAAGGAUUCAUAUAGUCGACCCGAUCUAGUUUUGUGUUGACAUGUAAUAAUUGUUGUUGUACUACUUGAUUGUUGAAACAAAAUUAUGAGA